AUGUUGUCAAGGAUGGCUCGUAAACUGGAAGAACACAGACUGAAGUAUGAGCGCAAACGGCGUGAGAAAGAGGUAAAAGAGAAGAUGGAGCGAGUGAGACGCGCCAGAGAGGCAGCGGAGGCGGCACGAGCUGAGGCAGCGCAGCAUGCAGCAGACGACGACCUAGGUGGUGGCUUCCCUGGAGGAAACCCACUAGGAGCUAACCUCUUCAACCUGCUCAACGACCCUGAGCUCAUGCAAGCCUUCAAGGACCCAGAAGUAGCAACAGCGUUCCAGGACAUCUCUCAGAACCCUCAGAAUUAUGUGAAAUACCUGAGCAACCCCAAGGUGGUGGCAGUGAUAGAGAAGAUGUCUGGCAAGUACGCAGGCAUGGCGGGGGGUUUCCCUGGAGGGGCUCCUCAUGCCCCCGCAGCUGAUGACACGGAGUUAGACUGAGCGGAUUCAGAGAGCAAUCAAUUGUCUACUGAAGAUGCCUUUAACAUUAUGUUUUUUAGUUAUUUUCUUCUUGUCAGCCUUUUUUUACCGGCCAGUUUUUUUGAUAGAUUGUUGGUAUCCAUUGUUGCAAAUCAAAUUAAACAUUGUUACCGUUACACAUUAUUAUGUAACAAAUUUCAUAUAUCAUGUAUACACAAAUUAUAGCAGCCUUUCUUUUAUUUGUAUUAAUAAUAUUUGUGUUUUAGUAAUUUUAAGUAGUGAUGCAUGUCUCUGUCUGUUAAUUUGACAAAUUUUAACUUUGUUUUAAGCACUUUUAUUGUUAGUUUUUCUGGUUUGGUUGUAUAUUGCCUUAUCUGCCAUUUCCUGGUCAUUCUGUCCAAACAAAGCAAUGUUAACUAUUUUAUAUAGUUGAGCAGUGGUUCCUAAACUUUCAAUGUAUAGUUGAUUGUUAUAAACAAAAACAUGCCUGAAACCAAAAGCAUUGCAGUGCAUUAAUUAAACUUUUAACUAAAAGGCAGAUCAUUUUGAUUUAGGUUGAUUACAGAAUGUUAAAGUGGGUAACCAAAAGAUAAGUGAGGUGAAUUUUCUGUCUUUACACUUGUAAAGCUUAUCUUGAAUUUGAACAUCUUUCAGGGCCAGUUUUUUAAGCCUCCAGCAUCUUCCAGUAUUUUUGCCCUUGGAUUUCUGAUUUGCAAUAGUUGCUAAAAAAUUACAUUCCUUUUUUGGUAGAGAUCCCAAAGGCAGGAGUAGUUGCAAUAAAAAUUUGAGGACCACUGCCAUCAUAAUAUACUGCAACAUAUAGCGUUUAUUAUCGUAAUCGUAUAAAAAUGCAAAAUAAUAAGUAACAAGCAUACGGUAUAUAAAAGUUCGUAAGCAUGUUAACUUGUAAUGAUGUAUUGUAUGACUGAUGUAGUUUAGGAAUAAUGAGAAGUAAGGACAUUUUUAAUUGUUCAUUUUUAAAUUAAUUUGUUGUGAGAUUUGUUUAAUAUUCUUAAGUUGGGUUUUUCAAGCUCCACAUAUAGCACAAACCCAACCCUUCACAGCAACAUUUAAUGUAAUGUUGUAGCACUGGACCAUACUGCAGUGUGUUCAGUGAAACUGGGACCGGGGGACUGUAAAAGAGAGGGUUUUGAACGUCUGUAGUUCAUUCUUUGUUUGUCCAGCCUGUAUCUUACAUUUUUCCAUUGAUUCUUGAGUGGAGAUGUACAUGGUUCAGGAUUAUCCAGGUCAUUCUCUGGAGAACUUGAAUAAUCUUUGAUAUUUUUGAACCUUUUUAGAUAGAGGGAUGUCUUUGAUGUUGCCCUUUCUUGAGAAGUGCAAAAACCUAGAUUGUAUGUAUGUUCAGUCUUCUGUACUCGAAGAAUAUAUAAAUUCAACUAUGCCUCCAUUGUACUCUUUUGAUUUCCUUAUGUAAAAGGCAGUCUUUCCUUGUCUCUAGAUAACUAAUCAUUCAAUGCAUUGUCUCAAAGGUCUGGCCGAUUGCUUGCUUGAAUGGUGCCAGUAAAAUAUAACCAAUGAAAUUUCCUUAUCAUGCAGUGCAGUGGAGCUAGGAAAAUCCAUUUUUUUGUGUGAAAGAGGUUUGCAAUUUUAGUUCAUCAAAGUAAUGCAAUAGCAAAUAAUGAAUGUAACGUGAUUAAUGGAGUGUGGAUUAAUUUCUGAAUCAAUAAGCAUGAGGAUUGAAGCUGUUAACCACCUAAUUAAGCAAAUCUAUGGUUAUACAAAGUACAAACCCUGAGGGUUGGGCCCCCGCCUGGGCAAAAUGUGUUACACCAACCAAAGAGUACUUUUUAGUUUCUUAUCAUGGUAAUACUGAGUUUAGUUUUCCUGGUACAACCCACCAGGCUGAUGAAUAAUAGACCUCUAAUUUUCGCUGAUAUUCUUUUUAAUCUAUGGCCCCUGAAAUGAAGUGUCACUAGAAGGGGCUUUACAUUUAACAUUUUUGAGCUGCCCCCAAAAUAAAACAUUUUGGGCUUUCGAACAAAAACAGAAUACCAAUAAAAUAAACGGUAUCAGCAUUCUGACACAUACUUUCUCCCAUAAGCUUGUCAACAACCUUUAUCAUGGGUAAGCGGUGAGGGUAAAUAUGAUAUUUUAUAGAUAAAAAUCACAAAAGUUGCAAUAACUUUUGAACCGUAAUUAGUUUGUUUUUCCUGGUGUAGCCCAUUAACAAUUUAAUAGUGAGUGCCCAUACUUUUGCCCAACCCUGUAUUUACACAGUUUUAUUUUUGCAUAGUUGGGGAAAACCUUUAUAUUUUUCAUAAUUGUUACAAAUAGUAUUAUUUUAUGCAACUUUACUAUCAGAUUUGCUAGCUUAUAUGGAGUGGAGGGACAGCAAAAAUGUGUACAUCACAUACCAUUGCUAAGAGUUGAACAUUGUCAGUGGCUUCAGUAGGCCUAAAGACGUCUGUUCACUGUAAUAAAGCUCUCAACAUUUCUAGGUGCAUGGAUAUUUUUUUAACAGAGAACAUUUUUAGUUAUUGGUUUCCAUUGUGUUUUUGUGUUCAUAUACUUACUUUAGAAAUUAAUUCCACUUCAAGGAAUAGCUCCAACAAUGAUUCUAGAUUUAGAAGGCAUUGUUUAUACAAAUGUUGUUUUCAGUCAUAUAUCCUUGUAUCUGGUGCCACUUAAACGUUAAAUCUGAGUUACUAGUCAAUAGUCGGUAUACAAUGAUCCAUCUUGUAUCUUUUGGAUUGUUACAAUAAAUUGCUAC